CGCGUCUGUCCACCUCUAGUAAUAUUAUUUAUUAAAAUAAUAUCCAUAUUAUCCCUGUUUCACAAAAAUAAGAAUACGGACCUCAAAGAAUAAUAAGAAUUCAACGGAAAAGUACGCGUUGUAAUAAUCUCACUCAACUUUGCAUGGCGAUUUCCAUGUAACCACGAGGGCCGCCAAAUAAAACCACACUACAAACGGGUAGCAACAAAACAAAAAUAAAGCAUUUUCCUUAAUUAUGAGCUCGCCCACGAGUAAAAAUGUUAGCGAAACGAAUGGGAACAAGCCUAAGAAGUCCGGCAAGACAAAUUCGAAUGCCAAGAGUGGGCAAAUGGACACACGCGCCGAAUUGGCGGACCUCAUCAAAAAAAAGGCGGAAACCUCUGAGCAACUGGCCAAUCUCGAGCGACAGAUCUACGCCUUCGAGGGAUCCUAUUUGGAGGACACGCAGUUGUGCGGGAACAUCAUCCGCGGGUGGGAGCGCUACCUGACCUCCAACAAGGCCACCAAUUCCAAGGCCGACAAGCGGAACCGGAAGUUCAAGGAGGCCGAACGCCUCUUCUCCAAGUCCAGCAUUACCUCAAUGGCUAUAUGUAAUCCUGAACGCGCUAGCGAAUCGGAUUCCAUUACCAAUGAAGACUCCAGCGACAAUCAGAUCUCAAUCAAUCAGAACACAACAACGGCCCACGAUGGAGCCACUACAAUCAAGAGCACGCCGAAAGAUGAAAAGGAUUCCCCCUCGCAUCGAAAUGAAAGCAGUCUGGCGGUUACUGGAGGCACCGGAGUGGUCGCUGGAUCUACUGGCGUUGGAGGAGCCAGCUCAGGAACAACUCUUGGCACACCCACUCCCAACACAAAGAGCAAACUUUCCACCAACUCCAGUGCGACGGCAAAGAAAAGUGGGCACAUAAACAAGAAGAUUCGACAUCGAUGACGACCGCUCCGGUAGGGUCUGGCCCGAAUUUUGCACUCUUUAAGUUCGAAGUUUAAAAAUUAAAAUUUGUUCAAUUAAUAAAACAAAUUUAGAUUUAAAAC